GCGCCUGCGCGGUCGUCUGCCCUUGAAUGUUUGCAUUGGACGGUGGCCGCGCAGGGUCCUCCGUCGUUCCCGUGAUGGCUGGCCGGGGGAAGCUGAUCGCCGUGGUGGGCGACGAGGACACCGUGACCGGCUUCUUGCUGGGCGGCGUCGGGGAGCUGGACAAGCAUCGGCGGCCGAACUUCUUGGUGGUGGAGAAGGACACGGGCCUGACGGAGAUUGAGGAGGCCUUCAGGGGUUUCUUGAACCGCGACGACAUCGGCAUCAUCCUCAUCAACCAGUUUGUGGCAGAGAUGAUCCGGCACGCCAUUGACGCGCACACCAAGUCUAUCCCGGCUGUGCUGGAGAUCCCCUCCAAGGAGCACCCCUACGAUGCCUCCAAAGACUCCAUCUUGCGCCGGGCCAAAGGCAUGUUCACCGCGGAGGACUUGCGAUAGACGGAGCGCAGGCGGCGCGCUUUGGGUCAGCUGCUGACGCAUCUCCCCUCUCCUGUAAAGACUUUGUGUCUGCUUUCCGUGUCAUAUAUUACUUCGAGAAUUUUCUCCAAUUACUUCGAUAAUUAGUACCCUUCUGGCUGUGCUUUAAGGAUAGUGCGCUAUUUCACCCUGGACUUUUGUUACCCUGAGAAUUGACCGGGUUCUUCUGCAUUCCCAAAAUUUGGCAUUAUUUGUUCAGCAUCUGUUGUGUUUUCCAUGGGGGGUGGGGGGGAACACCUCAUGUUCAUCCCAUGCUCCCAGUUCACUCCAGUCGGUAGCAUUAACUGGCCCCCUCCUGCCCAACCGUAGCCAGGUCUGUGUUGGCUUCCUCCCGUUGCUGAGAUUGGGAAUAGCUGGCUGUUCGCCAUAUUCUGCCACGAUUCUUGUGCCCGUUUGUCACACCAUUAGGUGAUAAAAGUGAUCUUUUUGGCCAGUCAGCUCUGUAUCCGUUGGUCCUUGGUACUUGUGCUUGGUUUGGUGGUGUGUGGCAUACACCCCCUCCCGUCUAUCUUGUGUUCCAGAAUCCUGGAUGAUAAAUUAAUCCAACUGA